AUGGCAGUGCUCGGAGAAGCCACUCCGGUUCCGGCGGAGCUACAGCGGGCGGUAGAGCAGUUGGAAGAGCUUUCGGACCGAUUGGAACUUCGGGCGGCGGAUUGGAGCGGCGUGAGUUUGGCGGGACGGCAGAUCGCGAACAGUCUGCGAAGCGAGGGGCUGCGGACGACUCUCGGCCGGACCUCGCUGCUGUCGUCAAGCGGACGACUCCUCGACAACCUCGCUGGAGAAGAAGGGGAGGAGCAGGACAGUCGGCAGGAGCGGCUAGCGGCGCAGACAGAGCUUGCGAGGGUCGUAGGGAAUAUGUGCUUCGAGCAUGAUCCGAAUCGCCAGCAAACGCUCGACGCCGGCAUCCUUCGAUACCUCGCCCGUCUCCUCUCCAUCUUGCUCGGCGUCUCGGACGACUCGGCAACGCAUGAAGGCGCGGCGAAGGUAUUGUCGCUGAAGGAGCUGACUUUCGUGCGAGCGGCGACCGGGGCUAUGCUGAACUCUUCCCUGAAGUUCGACCCGGUACGACGAGAGUUGACGCGGCGAGAAUACCUCGUCCCCCUCCUCGCGAUAAUCAACUCUCGAACGGUCGGCAAGGCGACUGCGCCAGUCUACACGACCGGCAGCUGGGCUGUAGAGUCGGCGGACUCGCAGCGGGAGCAGCGACUGCAGAUUGGGUCGAUGGCAGCGGGCUGGGCGGCGAAUGUCCUGGAGGACGUCCUCUCCGACUUUCCCGUCGACUUGGGCGUUCCCGCACUUGCCUCUGUAAUCCUCGCUUCUGCCUCUUCCCCUUCUACUCCCUCCUCCGUCCUCGUCCCGUCUGACGAUGCAGCCGACUACCUCGACACGGACAUCGAGCUUCUCACCAUCUCGGCUAGUCUGCUCGAGGGGGUCGUGCAGAACUCGGACGCCGCAAAAUCAGCCAUCGCCUUCUCCACCUUCGACCCUUCCCUCCCUUAUCCUCAGCGAACGCUUCUCCACCACCUCAUUGACUUCAUCAAAACCGCUCGGCCGCCUCCGUACUGGUCUUCCGUCUCGGAUGACCCGGCGCGAACAGAAAAGGCGUUCUCGACGAUCAAGGCUGCCGUCGUUCGAGCGGUUGUCGAGGCGCCGAACUCGGAUGAGGUGAUGGAACGGUUGUGGGAGGACACUAAGAAUGGGAAGGACGCUGCGACGGGUGGAAAGAGCUGGCUGGUCGAGGAGUUGGUUCGAUGGCUUGAAGAGGCGGAGGAGGGAAGGGAGGACAUGCUCGUCUGCGCAUCGCACAUGCUCGCGGGACUCGGACGAAGAGACGAACACACCCUCUCGCUUGCGCGCGACUAUCAGCUCGCCUCUCCUCUCGCUCGGAUCGUUCGUGACCGAGUCAGCGGAGCAGUCGGCAAGACUGGGCGGCCAGGCGAGACGACCCAGGUCUUGUUUGGCGUCGUCAGCUUGUUGCGGCACUUGGCGAUACCAGCGGCGAACCGACAAGUCAUUGGCGAGACGGGCGUCGUGCCCUUCGUCUCGCAGCUCUUGCGGAAGGAGCUCGAUGUCGUCCAGCCGCUUCAGCUUGCGACUGUCGGCCUACUGAAGCAACUUGCGUCCGGCGAUGUCUCGAACGCGCUCGUUAUGCUCGACCAGGACACCGCGACCGACCCUUCCUCCGCCAACACCGCUACCUCGACUCUCGACCUCCUCCUGUCCCUCUCGGCACGCGUAGAUGACCUUCGCUUCCGCUCUGAGACAACGCGGGUCGUCGCCAACCUCGUCCGCACCCUCUUCGCCGCUGCUUCCGACAACGCUGCGGCAGAACAAGUCGAAGUCGGUCGGCAGAAGCUUACGAGCAGAGAAGUGCCGGGUGUGCUGGCAGGGAUGGUGAGCACGAGCGAGAGGUACCCGGUUCUGGUGAAUGAGGGAGUUGUCGGGUUGACGUUGCUGGCGGGCAGUGGUGAGGAGGGCGCCGCCCUCGUACUCGACGCGCUCCUCGCCUCGCCCACUCAGCCCGCUACUCAGCCAUCCUCCGGCGAUUCCGACCCCUCCUCUGCCAUGUCCGCCCUCACGACCACCGCGUCUGCACCUCCUCCACCCGCCACCACCACACCUUCCUCCGCCGCAUUUCUGCUCGCGACCUGGCUCUCCUCCGCCCCGUCCUCUUCACCCAUAUCUCCCAUCCGACCCGAGAUGCUCGCGAACGUCGCUUCGCUUGUCUUUGCCGUCUUGCAUGGCACAGCUGGUCCGGAGGAGAAGGAAACGAAAAGGAGCGAGUUGCGAAGGGUUGUCGAGGAACCGUUGAGAAUUGCGGCGGGUGUGCUGACUGAGGGAGCGGUUGGUGAGGCGCUCAAGAGGGCGUUGGAUCUUGUUGAGCAGGAUGAGCAGGCGUAG